AUGCAUGAACUUCGCACAAUUCAUUCCCCUCGUGCUUGUGCGAAACUGCACGGACCUCUCAAGGUAUUCACAAAAAUUUCGCAUUUGCUGCUCAACGUACAAGGAAUGCUACUAAGUCUCAAGUCCGACUACACGAUGUUCGGUGUUCGCAUCUCUUGUCCCCUUACAACCAUGUUUCCUUCCUACCAUCAUGACUACCAGUAUCCAGUAGCGAUGCAGCUUAAUCGUUAUCCCCGGGAAUUCCAAACACUCGAAUACAUUCCCAAUGCCAAGAAAGACGGGACUACGUCAGACGUUCCGCGUCCAGUGACUAGUAGGAUGUGCUCGAUCGACAAUACCCAGUGGUGGAAUUUGGAGGCCGCACAAUUGGGCUCCUUGAACCUGAAACAUGGUCGACGGUACCUUGUAUUGAGUGCACGCGUCGCGCGCCGUUCGGACUGCUUUCAUGCCCUCAUUUGA